GUUUCCACUUAUGAUUACAGACAAAGGAUGUUGCACAUAUUUGGGAACUUGGAGGUGGUACAUUUCUGUCUGAGCUCGUAGAGGUACCCAUAAAAGAAGACAAUAUUCUCUCUUCAUCAAUUAUGCUGGUUCUAGAUCUCUCUCAUCCUCAUGAACUGUGGGUAACCAUGGAGGUUCUUCUUAAAGCUGCACGUAAAAGAAUUGAAAACGUCAUGACUAAACUGUUAACUGCUUGUCCAGACGUUCAAGAAGAAAUCAUGACUAGAUCAAGGGAACGAUUUGGGGAUCAUCCUGACCUGGAGAUGAUUGAUCCAUUUCUGUUACCUUUAGUCAUUGUGGGCAUGAAGUAUGAUGUUUUCCAGGAUUUUGACUCGGAGAAACGGAAGAUAAUCGGUAGAACAUUAAGAUUUGUUGCACACCAUUAUGGAGCUUCUUUACAGUUUUGCAGCACUAAACAUGAAGGCUUGAUGAAUCGCACUAAGGCGUAUGUUGGACAUUUGGUUUUUGGAGCACCCUUGUCAGUUACCUCCAAAAUGUUAAAUUUUGACCAUGGAAAACCGCUGAUGAUUCCGUUUGGCAUGGAUUCUUUGGAACAAAUCGGUUUACCUCCUGUGUCUGAAGGCGAUGUUGGUAAUCUUGAUGCAGCGACACCAAUGGACCUUUGGAAGCUAGCAUACACAUCUUUCUUUCCACAGCAGAGUGUUGGAGGCAAGAUGUCAAUUGACAACACAGGUAGAGAUACACAGUUCAAGGAACAAGCUGUGGAUAUGAUGCGAGAACAGAAAGAUAAAGUAAGUCAAUUUCAUCAAAUGUAAUCACAAAAUAAACUC